UGAGCAGACGCCGGGGUGAGCUGACCGCGCUGUGGCGAGCUCCCGUUGUACAAGAUCUCAGCUGCUGUUGUUGUUGUUUUUUUUCCUAGGCAACAUGCCAGAGGAGGUAGCCAGCUCGGAAGCCAGUCAGACGGCGCAGGCGACGCUGACGGAGGCGGAUGUGCUGAGGGCCCUGACGACAGACAAAGGCCCUGACGCCGACCUCACAUCCUGGAGCACGAAGGCGGCGACGAAGAAGGGAGACAACUACAUCAGCGCCCUGACAGGGGUUCAGGUCGCCUACACGCAGGAGGGGCAGCAGAAGGAGGCGUCCUACAUCGUGAAGCUGAAGCAGGACCAGGAGAGCAGCGGGAAAUACCAGAUGAACAGGAUGGUUUACGGGUGUGAGGGCGGGUUCUACACUCGCCUGCUGCCCCGACUCAACCACAAGCUGGAAGCGGCGGGGAUCGAGCAGCUGAGGGUGCCCAGAUGCCCCCACGUCUCCUGGGGCGAGGCGGACAAGCAGCUUUUCCUGGAGGACCUGAGACCUCGGGGAUUCACAGUGUACGACCGCAGGAAGGGCAUGGACGAGCGACACACGUACCUCGUGCUGCACGAACUGGCCAAGCUCCACGCCGCGUCCUUCCUGCUGCAGCGAGACUCCCCCGAGGAGGACCUGGCCACGACCUUCGACUUCCUGACGUGGGAGUGGUACAACUUCUCCGAAAUAACCAAGAAGACGUUCGACAGCGUCAUUUCGGGCGGGUUGCUCACGGCCUCUCGCCUCGCCAGGAAGAUCGGCAACGAGCGGGUGGCCAGCUGGUUCGAGGCGCUGGCGUCGACGGGGGUGGAGUGCCUCAGGGAACAGCUGCAGCCCAGCGCCCCCUUCGACGUCGUGGGCCACGGCGACUGCUGGGUCAAUAACCUUCUUUUCAGGUACGACUCGAAAGGUCAUCCUCAAGAGAUCAUGCUCCUCGACUUCCAGUUCUGCCGACGCUCCUCCCUCGCCGUCGACCUCUCCUACUUCCUCUUCACCAGCCUCACGGGCGACGUCAGGAACAAGCACCUCGACCAGUUCCUCUCCUUCUACUACGACGCCUUCGCCCAGAUCGUCGCCGCGGGAGGAGCCAAGACCCCCUUCUCCUUGGACGACGUGAAGCUCGAGUUUCGAAGGAAGAGCCUCGUCGGUUUGGUCUUCGGGGCGCUGAUGAUGCCCGCCCUCGUCUGCGCUGACGACGAGGUGCAGGAGCUGGACGUCACCUCGAGCGACGCCGCCAAGAACUACGUCGAGGUCAAGCGCCAGAACUCCCUCUCGAUGCUGGAGAAGAACCCGCUGCUGGAGCCCAGGCUGGUCGACCUGUACGCUGACAUCGAGGAGUUUAUCGAUUGGAAGGAAUGAUGUAAACGUUGAUAUAUGUACUAUUCUUAUCAUUAUCAAUAACGAUUAUCAUUAUUAGUCUUCUUCUUCUCAUCACCAUUAUUAUCA